AUGACGGAAUCACGGAUAAAACGGCUUGCUACGACAUUGAUGGAUGCCACCACAGAUAAGGACCUGCUAGUCCAGGAGCAGAUCUACAAUGCUUUGUGCUACCUGGGGGAAUCUGAGCCCGAGGAGAUCCUCAACUCCUGUGACGAGUACCUCCGGCAGCAUGACAAGCUGGCCUACCCUCACCGGGUGAUCAUCCUGAAGGCAAUGGAAACUGUGGUGAAGAACAACAUUGCCCUCUUGGACAAAAGCAUAGCGAAGGUGGUUAUCUUCCUGGCGUCUAAUGAAAUGACCAAGUCAAAGGAGGUGAUCCGGGACUGGCAGCAAGCCGCGAGCAACGUCCUUGUUGCGGUGGGGCAGCGCUUCAUCAACAAGGUGAUGGAGGAGGUACUCACUAAGUUUCAGCCAGGAAUCCUGCCGCAUUACUUCGUCAUGCAGACGUUUGCAAACCUCUCUGUGUCGAACGUGUUCGGAAUGGUGCCUUUUCUCAACUCCAUCCUCGGGACGAUGCUGCCCAUGCUGGGAAUGGCCAAACAGGACCACAUGAAGUCUGUCUUCUGCUACGCUCUGCAGCACUUCAGUGAGAGCAUCCAGGAGUACUUGGCGAACUUGGACAAGGCCCCGGACCCCACGGUCAGGAAGGACACCUUCUCAAACGAGAUCUUCAGUGCGUAUGAAGUGCUCUUCAACAGCUGGCUGCAGCACCGGGAAGCCAAGCUGAGACUGGCCGUGGUGGAGGCUAUGGGACCUAUGAGUUACCUGAUGCCCAGUGAGAAGCUGGAGGAGCAGCUCCCUAAGCUGAUUCCAGGCAUCCUCGCCCUCUACAAGAAGCACACGGAGGCCUUCUACAUAUCCAAGAGCCUCUGCCAGAUCCUGGAAGCUUCUGUCAACAUCGGCAGCCGCAGCCUUGAUGUGCAGCUGGACUCUCUCCUGGGCACCCUGCACCCCCAGAUUUGUGCUCCUGCAGAUCCGUCUGUCCCCCUGACUGUUAAAAAUCACACUGAGGUUCUUCGGUGCUUCACUGUCCUGGCCUGCUCAUGCCCUGACCGUGUGCUGGCCUUCCUCCUCCCGAAGCUGGAGAGCAGCAACGAGAGGACCCGUGUGGGGACGCUCCUCAUCAUGAGGCAGAUCAUCAACAGUGCCCCCUCUCAAAUGGAGAUUAAAAAGCCCUUCAUUCUUUCGUCUAUGAGACUUCCUCUGCAAGACGGCAACAAUAAGGUGAAGCGGGCUGUGGUGCAGGUGAUCAGCGCCAUGGCUCACCACGGCUACCUGGAGCAGCCCGGCGGGGAGGCGAUGAUGGAGUUCCUCGUCCGCCAGUGCGCCCUUCCCUCGGAUGCGCAGCCCAAAAAGCAGCCGCUGGAUGCUGAUGACCUCACUAGUGACAGCGUCCAGAGCAUCAGCGUCAAUACGCUCUUUCUCCUUAGCACGACUGUUGACAGGAUGAACAACGUUCUGUGGCCGUACCUCCUGGAGUUUGUGACCCCGAUACAGUUCACCAACGCCCUGACCCCACUCUGCAAGAGCCUCAUGUGUUUGGCCGUAAAGAAGCAAGAGGAGGGAGAAAACGCGUCCCUUAUCCGUUACGACCUGAAUGCAAAUCUUCCUUCGCCCUAUGCUCUAACAACAAGACUGCUGGUUGUAUCUUCACAGCCGUAUGUAGGAGACUGCCGGGGGGCGGCUGCCCUGCGGCUGCUGAACGUAUUGCAUUACAGCAUCCACCCCGCGCUGGACCAGCCUUGGAGCAAGAAGGUCCCUCUCUUGGUGGAGCACAUAGAAGAGAACACGGAGAAGUCCCUGUCCCAGAAGGAGUGGGAAGAGAAGCUGCUGCUGUUCCUCCAGGAGACGCUGGCGGCCGUUUCUGACAACACAUGGAUUUGCCAUUUUGUCACAGAGAUGUGCAGGCAGCUGAACAGCUACAAUGGCUUCCCGCUGGAGAAGAACUUCCUGUAUAAAUGCAUCGGGACGACGCUUGGGGCGUGCACCAGCAAAGACCUCGUGCAAAAGCAGCUCCAGGAGCUCCUGGAAACAGCCAGAUACCAUGAGGAGGCAGAAAGGGAG